ACCACUGCACUAAAUAUAAAAAAAAGAAAAAGAAAAAGAAAAAAGAUCGAGAAAUGGAGAGUCGCCACUUCUCCAUUGUAGUGAUCUCUCUCUUCCUCACGGCGGCUUCUGCAAAUGCGUGGAAUGACUGUGUUUACAACAUCUACGUAAAGACGGGGUCGGUGAUCAAGGGAGGGACGGACUCUAGGAUCGGCCUGACCUUGGGGGACCCACUAGGGAGGUCAGUGUGGGUCCCGGAUCUGGAGUCAUGGGGCUUGAUGGGCCCAAACCACGACUACUACGAGCGUGGCAACCUUGACAUAUUCAGUGUUCUUGGUCCCUGCAUUGGUUCACCCGUGUGCCGCCUCAAUGUCACCUCUGAUGGGUCUGGCUCGCACCACGGCUGGUACUGCGACUACGUUGAGAUCACCUCCACAGGGCCCAACAAGGCAUGUUCACGGAACAUCUUUCCCGUGAAUCGAUGGCUCGCCAGCGAUGUCCCUCCUUUCCAAUUAACGGCUGUGAUUGAUGAAUGUAAGAUGCCUGAUGGAUCCGCAAAGCAGGGGAUCGGUGGUGGGAGUUUCGUUGUGGGCAAUCCCGAACGAUUUGCUGCAUGAUAAAUAACCUCUCUUUGUUGCCAUUUUGAUGUUUUGGAUCCGUUUUCCAGCUUUGGGCUUGUUAGUUUAGUAUGGGCUUUUGGCUCAUCUUUCAGAGGCCCGUUUAAGAAGGGUUCUCAUCUUUUUUUCUCGCAAAAAUUCAAAAAUUUUAA